CGAUCGAUCGAUCGAUACAAAGUUGGGAUAUUGCUAAAAUAAAUAAAAAGAAAACGCAGCAGCAAGGAGGGGGAGAAGAUGGAUCAGGAUCCGAGAUCCACGGCAACGGCGGCGAUCGAGCAUAGGUCGUUCGCUCGGAUCGGGUUUCUGGGGAAUCCAAGCGAUGUAUACUUGGGGCGUACAAUCUCAUUCACAAUAGGAAACUUCUGGGCGUCAGUAAAGCUGGAGCCAUCGGAACAUAUGAUAAUAAAGCCACAUCCAUUCCACGAUCUCGUCCAAUUCACCUCUUUUGACCAUCUUGUGAAACGGUUGGAAAAUGAAGGGUAUUACGGUGGUGUAAGGCUGCUAAUGGCAAUUUGUAAAGUGUUCCGUAACUAUUGCAAACAUAAUUCCAUUCACCUUCAUCACCGUAACUUCUCUCUUUCCUACGACACCAAUAUCCCUAGGCAGACAGGGCUUUCUGGUUCCAGCGCCAUUGUCUCCGCUGCUCUUAGCUGCCUUCUUGACUUCUACAACGUCAGGCAUCUCAUCAAACUACAAGUUCGCCCUAACCUUGUUCUCAAUGCUGAGAAAGAACUUGGCAUUGUCGCUGGUCUUCAGGACCGAGUUGCUCAGGUCUAUGGUGGUCUUGUUCACAUGGAUUUUAGUAAGGAGCACAUGGAUAAACUUGGACAUGGGAUCUACACUCCCAUGGAUAUCACUCUCCUUCCCCCUUUGCAUCUCAUCUAUGCUCAGAAUCCUAGCGACUCCGGCAAGGUACAUAGUAGGGUUCGACAAAGAUGGUUAGAUGGCGAUGAGUUGAUAAUUAAAUCAAUGGAAGAAGUUGGAAACCUAGCAGAACAAGGUCGAACUGCAUUGCUCAAAAAGGACCAUCCCAAGCUCCUCGAACUCAUGAACCGUAACUUCGACCUUCGGAGGAAGAUGUUUGGGGACGAAUGCUUAGGAGCGAUGAACAUAGAGAUGGUGGAAAUUGCAAGGAGGGUUGGUGCAGCUUCAAAGUUCACUGGAAGUGGAGGAGCAGUGGUGGUUUUCUGUCCUGACGGUCCAUCUCAGGUGAAGCUUCUGGAAGAAGAAUGCCGCAAAUCGGGAUUCAUACUUGAGCCGGUCAAGAUUGCGCCUUCAUGCUUGAAUGAUUCUGACAUUCAAAGCCUUGGUUGAGUCUUCUUACAGCCUCAGUUACAUUACACGUGAGCUUUUAUGUUCUUAGUUCCAUUGUUCUACGUCUUUGGUCUUUUCCUUGGUUUAUUAUAUCCUCUAAUCUUUUCUGUUUUGUUUUUUUCAACAUACAGUUUUUCACGCUUUUUGUCAAUUUUCUUGCUCUUUCUUUUU